AUGGCAGACAAAGGUGUAGGUCCAACUGAACCAGGUUCAUAUCUCGAUGAACUUACUGGUGAGAUGGUAAGUAAGAGUGAAUUAAAAAGAAGAGCUAAACAACGUGAAAAAGAUGCAAAGAAAGCGGCUGAAAAGCCUAAAGCACCAGUGGUUUCUGCUACCAAGAAAGAAGCUACUGUGGGAGCUGCUAAUGCAGAGGAAGAACUCUCGCCUAACCAAUACUACGAACUUCGUUGUCGAGCGAUCCAAGCUUUACGUCAAGCUAAUCCACCAUUUUCAUCAAGUCCUUCUGAAGAUCCAUCACUACCAUCACCUUAUCCACACAAGUUUUCUGUAUCGAUCGGUUUACAAAACUUUAUCAAAACUUAUUCUGAUCGGGUUCCUAAUGGUGGUGAUCGACUUGAUCCGGAAGAUAAGAUCAGUGUUGCUGGUCGGAUUCAUAAUAUGAGACAAGCUGGGGCUAAGCUCAGGUUUUAUGAUUUGCAUGCAGAUGGUCAUAAGAUUCAGAUCAUGGCAUCUGCAAAUGAUGCCGAAGACCCAGCCACGUUUGAAGCAGUCCAUGAUAUCUUCCGUCGAGGUGAUAUAGUAGGUGUCACCGGAUUUCCAAUGAGAACGAAGAAAGGAGAAUUAUCAAUCGGACCUAGAAAGAUGAUUUUACUUUCUCCCAACUUACAUCAAUUACCAAGAGCUGAAACAUCAGUUGUGACCGAGAGUGGUACAACUGAAACUAAAUUUGGUUUUAAAGAUCAAGAACAACGUCAUCGUAAACGGUACCUUGAUUUGAUCAUGAAUAAGGAUGUUAGAGAUGUGUUUGUUACUCGAGCUCGGAUUAUUAAUUAUGUUAGAAGAUUCCUGGAUGAUCUUGGGUUCUUAGAGGUUGAAACUCCGAUGAUGAACAUGAUCGCUGGAGGAGCAACUGCUAAACCAUUUAUCACUCAUCAUAAUUCGUUAGGUUUGGACUUGUUCUUAAGAAUUGCUCCUGAACUUUACCUUAAAGAACUUGUGGUUGGUGGACUUGAUCGAGUUUAUGAAAUCGGACGAGUGUUUAGGAAUGAGUCUAUCGAUCUGACCCAUAACCCAGAAUUUUCAAUCUGUGAAUUUUAUAUGGCAUAUGCAGAUAUGUAUGAUUUAAUGGAUUUAACUGAAACAUUAAUAUCAGGAUUAGUUUAUAAAAUCACAGGAGGAUCGUAUAAAAUUGAUUAUCAUCCAGAAGGAUUAAAUAGUGAAAAGGUUUAUACAUUAGAUUUUUCUAGACCUUGGAAAAGGUUUAAUAUGAUUGAAGAAUUAGAAUCACAAUUGAAAGUGAAGUUUCCUUCUGGAAAAGAUUUUGAAGAUAAAGAAUUGAUGACCAAGUUUUUAGAUGAAUUAUGUGUGAAACAUAAUGUAGAUUGUAGUGCACCUAGAACGAACUCAAGAUUAUUAGAUAAAUUAGUAGGAGAGUUUAUUGAAAACCAAUGUAUUUCACCUAGUUUUAUUGUAGGACAUCCUCAAUUCAUGUCACCACUUGCUAAACGUGAUAGAAGUAAAGUAGGAUUAUGUGAAAGGUUUGAGACGUUUGUGGCGACUAAAGAGAUUUGUAAUGCUUAUACCGAAUUGAAUGAUCCAUUUGAUCAACGUGAAAGGUUUGAAGAACAAACUAGACAAAAAGCUGCAGGUGAUGAUGAAGCACAAGGAAUUGAUGAAACAUUUAUUGAUGCAUUAGAACAUGGAUUACCACCUACUGGUGGAUGGGGAUUAGGUAUCGAUAGAUUAGUGAUGUUACUAACUGAUAAUAAUUCGAUUAAAGAAGUUUUAUGUUUCCCUGCUAAUAAACCUUUACCGAAAGAAGUUCAAAAAGAAUAA